AUGGUGAGUAUCAUGAAGAUAAUGAUGAUUAUGGCUCUGUUAGUGAUUGGUGUGAAUGCAAGGACUAUUAACGAGUGUAAAAAAUCAGUGUGCAAAUCUGUUUGUCACCCCGACCACAGCAGUGUUGAAUGUGGUGAUUGUCUCCUUAAAUGGGCAUACCCUCCUCCAAGUGAGAUCAAAACUGAUCAACGGACUCUGUGUCUUAAGAGAUGUGCUGCUGAUUGUGUACCGAACUACAGCUGCUACCGACGUUGUAUUGAAGACUGUCCAAAACCAGCUUUGAUUUGA